UGCUUACUCAGCAUGAAAUGUUAUAGAAUUUCCAACAGAAAAUUUGGAGAUUGUUGGAUUGGUCAAUCAGGAAAUAACAAAUGGCUGGCAAGACCUGACACCUCUAGAUCUUUAUUACUGGAGAAAAUUAAAGGAAGAAGUAUGCCACAAAAAACCAACAAUCAAACUUGGAAUGCAAGAACAUAUAAAGAGAACUUGCUCUAUAAUAGAUACAAAUGAUAUUUGUCAGGCAGUGCCAUCAGUAUUACAAUGUUUUAGACUAUGUAUCCAUGUUCAAGGUUGUUAUUUUAAACACUUGUACUAGCAUUAAGUAUGUAUAUAACAUGUUACAUGUAAAUCAUUGAAGUAUUCGAAGAGUGCUCUGAAGCAAUCUAUUUUCUAUUGCAGUUGACCUUAGGUAAUGACCUUCAUAAUACUCUACCAAAUUAUAAAUAAGAAACCAUUAUAAAUAAGAAAUCAAUUAUAAAUAAGAUACCAUUGCAUUUAAAAAAACAAAGUUGAUCUUCAUAUCACCUUGAUGCCUCUUGAUACCAAGUUCGGCCUAAUGCAUUUUCUUCUAUCUUCGCAAACAAGCAAGUUAUUCAGGUACAACAUGGCUACCUUACUCACAAAUGAAGCAAAACUACGCUAUAUAAUGGAAUGGUUUCAAGAAUGGUCUGAAAUGGAAAAAAAUGACUUUCUGGAUGUACUUAUCGAAGAAUGUGGACCUCCGAAUCUUGUUCAUAGAUUGUCAUCUAAGAUGAAACAUUUAGCAAAAAUUAUAGAUGACAAACCAACUCUGUUUCAAUGUCGUAUAAAACUCUUUCGACAAUGGAGUCAAAAUUGGUCUCAGCAGGAAAAAGACCAUUUGCUUUCAUCAAUCAAAAACGCUGAUGCUGCAUUUGCACAAAAAUAUGAUGAAAAGAUAUUAUCAUUAUCACGUACUGAACAUAAAAAACAAUCUGACAAGAAGGAAACAUAAACAAACACCUUGGAGCAUAUAAUCUUCUUUAUUAUUGUAGAAGAGGUUUAUGAGAGAAUGUCUAAGAAUAGGAAAAAAUGAAAAAAUAUUUAUGAUUAAAAUACAGUACAAUACAGUUUGAUAUUUAUAUUUGAUGCACAUUUUGGUAUAAUGCAUAAUGAAUGUAUUAUAUAUAAAUUGAAAUAUUUUUAAUAUUUUGUAAUAGGUUUAUAAUAGUUUAUACUAUAGAAUUUAAGAUUCAUACAUACAUUCCAUAAUUAUUUUGAAAUAUCUAUUUUCUGAACAUACUUUUCUUUUCUUUAUUUACGAGCAUAUAAUUUUUUUUAUAAUGAUAUACAAAUGUAAUAUUUACAAAUAAUAAAAGAAAUUUAUAAAAAUAUAUGAAAAAAAUGAUAAAAAGUA